GGGUCGAAAAGCGUGCAGCCGGGCAGGAUGGGCAGGAGAGCAGAGCCGCGGGGUCUGCAGAGCGAGUGAAGAGCUGUUAGCAGGUCCCGGUGUGCCACGCGGAGCCACGCAGGGGCGGUGGGCGCGCAGACCCGGCGUCCGACCGCGCGGACGGCAGAGCCCCAGCCUGAGAGCGCGUCGCCUUCUCCCGCGAGGUCGCCAGCGCUGGGCCCGAGCUUCCACCAACGGCACCCAGAGCCUGGCGUCCUCUCCAAUGUUUCAGAAGUCACGCCCGGCGCUGCUGCAGCCUCAAGAUGUCGGAGACAGGGUGGAGACGCUUAUGUUGCAUCCGGUGAUCAAGGCUUUCCUGUGUGGCUCCAUCAGUGGGACCUGCUCCACCCUCCUUUUCCAACCCCUGGAUCUCCUCAAAACACGUCUGCAGACUCUUCAGCCCUCAGCCCAUGGAUCCGGACGCAUUGGGAUGCUGGCUCUGCUCUUGAAGGUGGUUCGCACGGAGAGUAUUCUGGGCCUUUGGAAAGGGAUGUCCCCUUCCAUUGUGAGGUGUGUCCCUGGCAUUGGCAUCUACUUCGGCACUCUCUACUCCUUGAAGCAGUACUUCCUGCGAGGCCACCCCCCCACGGCCCUGGAGUCGGUCAUCCUGGGAGUGGGCUCUCGUUCGGUUGCAGGGGUCUGCAUGUCACCCAUCACUGUGAUCAAGACACGUUACGAGAGUGGGAGGUACGGGUAUGAGAGCAUCUAUGCAGCCCUGAGGAGCAUCUAUCGCAGCGAGGGGCAUCGGGGACUCUUCAGCGGCCUGACGGCAACACUCCUUCGUGACGCACCCUUUUCUGGAAUUUACCUGAUGUUCUACAACCAGACCAAAAACAUCAUGACCCAUGACCAGUUGGAUGCAGUCCUUAUUCCUGCUGUAAAUUUCAGCUGUGGGAUCUUUGCUGGCAUUCUGGCCUCCCUGGUGACUCAGCCUGCGGAUGUCAUCAAAACUCAUAUGCAGCUCUCCCCAAUGAAGUUUCGGUGGAUUGGCCAGGCAGUGACACUCAUUUUCAAAGAUUAUGGGCUGCGUGGCUUCUUCCAAGGCGGCGUUCCCCGGGCCCUCCGCAGAGCUCUGAUGGCAGCCAUGGCGUGGACUGUGUAUGAAGAAAUGAUGGCCCAGAUGGGCCUGAAGUCCUGACUGAGAGGGACUGGGAAAAGACGGGCUCUGUUGCCCUGUUGACCUCCCUGGCUCUUGCCAAGGGCUGCUUUGUCUCACUGUCCUGGAGUUAUGAAAGCCAGGCAGAUGUGUCCCCUUUCGUUACCCAGUUGGAAUAGAGAGUAGAUGGGCCUGACUCAAGCCUUCAGAAUCUCCCCAAAGAGGAGUUACUGAUGCCUACGGCACACGGGGAGUUAGAAGAAGGGCUUGCACAUCCUGCUAGACUACUUGAAAAGGCAUUUCUGGAAAGAGCUCUGUCAGGUGCUUCUGCCACCCACCGAUGCUAGGCUGCCUGUUUGGAUCUGUUCUUGGGCAAGGCAUCGCACAGCCAGAGUUGCUGUGGCUGAAGAGCUCCAGCGGGGGAAGCCAGGUCCACGGAGAGAGGGCUUAUUGUCACCCACCAGGCUGUAGUCUGUGUCUGGGAUGCUGGUAGGAUGAAGAAGAAAAGAUGUCAUUACUUAAUUGGCUACUAAUCCCCUUCUCAGAGGCCCUGAAGAAGUGGGGAGAGUGGCUUCUUAGCGUGUAAGUGUCCAAAUAACGAAUUUUGUUUUUGGCCUCUGCACUGUUUCAAUUCCAAAUUGUUCUGGCAUUUUCCUGCAGCUAAAGUUCGCAUAAAUAAAAGUGAAGCACUUUAUCAUUGAAAACUGGAAAA